AUGAGCGAGACUGGAGGGGCAGCAGCAGCAGCAAACAACACGGACGGCCGCAGUGCAGCAGCAGGGACUCCUAACGGCGAGGCUGCAGCAGGAGGAGGAGCAGCAGCAACAGGGGACCUGCAAUCAUCGCCUCCUUCUGGUGCUACGAAACCUGACACCACCGAUCAAGCAGCAGCAGCAACAGCAGCAGCAGCAGCAGCAGUUCCUCCUCUACCGCAGAUCGUUAGUACUGAGCCAGGAUGCUGCCUCCUAUGUAGUGAGAAAAAGGGUCUGACACUCCUGCAGCUGCUGAAGGUACGACUGGCUCCACAGGAAUCAGCAGCAAACGAAGGCAAAGAUGCAGCAGCAGCAGCUCCAGGUGAAGCAGCUGCUGCUGCAGGUGGGGAGCAGAAGCCCGCCGCUGGAGGAACCACCGAUUCUGCGUCGAGUGCAGCUAAGGACGAAAGCAGCAGCAACACGCCCGCCCAGGCACAGAAGCAGCAGCAGCAGCAGCAGCAAACUGUGCUGAUGCCUCUACUGUUUGUACCUGGGGCAUCAAAGGAGGCCUCAUGGUCUCCCUGCGGGAGGCGGCUAGCUGUGGUUACUGCAGCAGAAGGUUUGCUGCUGCUUGAGCAUCCUACAUGGACUGUGGGGCCGGAGCUGCAGCAGCAAGCGGCGCAGCAGCUGCUGCGCGCAGACUGGCUGCUGAAGCAAGGUCAAGGUGAGCGUAAGAGGUCUGCCACCGCGGCUGCUGCUGCAGCUGCAAUUGCUGGAGCAACAGCAGCAGCACCAACUCCUUCGCAAGCAGCAGCAGCUGCAAUCAGGGAGAGCGUGCUGCAGUUGGUUUCUGCAGAGAUGCAGAGGCAGCUUGUGCGUUUGCCGCUUAAGCCCGAGAUCAAGCCUCAGGGUCAGCAGGAGCAGGAGAAGCAGCAGCAGCUGCUGCUGCAGCAACAGCUGCUGCAGCAGGUGGAUCCGGAUGCUCAGGUCAAGGCCUUGCACUGGUCCCCACGAGGAACAUACUUGGUAGCAAAUAUACAGCUAGAUCUGCGGUCGAUGCUGAUGCAGCAGCAGCAGCGCAGCAGCAACAGCAGCAGCUCUGCAAGCGAGUGCGCAGCAGACGCUGGCUGCAGCAAUACGGACGCUGCUUCUUCCUCAGCUUCUGCUGCAGCUGCAGGGAUGACUGCGGGUGGUGGUGCUGCAGCAGCAGCAUCGGCAGCCGCAGCAGCUGCAGCAGCAGCAGCAGAGCACAACGUGUUUGUUUGGGAAGCAGCAACAGGGAAAGUUGUUGCUUCGUUGCAGCAGAAGCGACUCGUGUGGCCUCUGCUGCAGUGGAGAGAUGAUGAAGCCUUCUGCUGCAUCCCUAGGAGGCCCCACUUGUUGGUGUACGCUGGCAACGAUUUAAAUAAUUUGCUCUUUACGAUUUUCGUGCGGCGGCUCAAGACCUUCGGCAUCUGUCCUGUGCAGCGGCAGCAGCAGCAGGGGCAGCGCGAGAGGCGCCUGCACAUUGCAUGUUUCUCCUUUGGAGCCACGCAGCAACAGCAGCAGGCUGCUGCUUGUCCCCCGUCCUUCUCGGUCGUAGAGGUCCCAGAUGUGUCUGCUGCAGCAGCAGGAUUUGCCACAGCAGUCGCAGCAGCAAAAGAACGAGGAGAGGACCCUGAAGCAACAGCAGCUUUUGACCCUACACCAAACCCCCAGCAACAGCUGCUGGAUCUGCUGCAGGAGCAGCUGCAAAAGUCCGCAGAGGCGGGUGUUGGUGCGACUGCUGGCUCAGCAGGGGAUGGUGGAGCAGAUGCAGCAACAGCAGCAACAGCAUCGGUGCCUGCCUCCCGUGCUGUUGCAGCGGUUGCUGCAGCAGCAUCACCAGCAGCAGCAAAAGAGUAUGAUAAGGCCCUUGUAAGGUUGCUUGCCUGGCAGGUGCUACCUUCAGCAGACUCCACGGACUUCUUAUGGAGCGCCUCCGGCUCUGCCCUCCUUGCGGUCGCAAGCACCACUGUCGAUGCAACAGGAGAGAAUUACGGUGGGGUUGGUGACUGCUGGGCAGUCUCCUUCGGGGCGCCGCAACACCCCCAGGCUGUUGCGGCAUUGCAGCACAUUCAGCGUCUGGCCCAACAGGAACAGGAGCAAGAGCAGCAGCAGGACUCGCAGCAGGGGGAUGCUAUGUUGGCGCUUCAUUGCUGCGUCCGGCGCAUCAGCAAGAAAAUUGUGCAAGAUGUAACAUGGAGCCCCACUAGGGAUGAGUUUGUCCUAAUAGAGGGGAAGUCUCCAAGUGAUAUCUUGCUACUGGACCGUCAAGGGCGCACGCAGUUCGUCUUCCCGCGUCGGUACCGUAACUUUGUGUCUUUCUGCCCCUUUGGCCAAAUGGCGGUGGUGGCGGGCUUCGGCAACCUAGCCGGAGAGGUUAGCUUCUAUUAUAGGGACAAGGCGUCACAGGGCAUGCAGCACAUCAGCGAGUUCAAAGCCCCGUGCACCGUCUUGGCUCUAUGGGCACCUUGCGGCUCCUACUUCGCCACAGCUUCCACAUACCCUCGCAUGAAAGUUGAUAACUCGCUGAGUGUCCUCGAUUAUAGAGGCAAGAUGCUGUCUUCUGCCGUUUCUGCUCACAGAUUUAGUGGAGAAUCUGUGCAGCGUCUCCAGUUCGAUGAACUGUAUCAUAUAGCGUGGAAGCCGGAGUCUGAUUUGGAGCCCCCGAAUGCACCGCAGCCCAACGAGCGUCUGCUGGCCGCUGCGGAAAAUCAAGCAUUCCGCCCGAGGGGAACAACGCAGCGAGGAAUUACCUCCCGUAUCAUGAACGGGGAACAGGUGGACGAGUCCGAAUUGCCUGAGGAGCUGCGGAGACAGCGCGAACAGCUGAGACGUCGGAAGACUGCUGCUGCCGCCGCGAAGCGAAAAGAGACAGAGGUGGUUGAGUUGGAAUGGAGACGCCAACCGAAGCAGGAGCCUAGACCGGCAGCUGAGGAGGCGGCGGCGGGGUCCUCAGCAGCACCUGCUGCUGCUACUGCUGCAGGGGAAGGAAAGCAACGAGGAGGAAACAGUACAAGCAGCACCUCAAAUGCAAGAAGCGACAGUAGGGCGUCUGCGGCAGCAACAGGCGGACGCCAGCAGCAGCAACAACAGCAAGAUCCCUCAUCAAGUGCUCCGGCUAGUGCCUGUUUCUCGGGAGAUGAAGGAACUCAGGAGUUACAGGGUGCUGCAGGACAGCAGCAGCAGGAACAUCAGCCGCAGCAGCAACAGCAGCAGCACGCCCGACGCAAGGCUGCGGAUCAAGCAUCUGUGGGGGCAGACUGCGCUGUAACAAGCGGUGCCGUGGAAGAUUUGGCUGCGAUGCUGGAGCAGCAGUCACUGCAACUGGUUCAGCCGCAACAGCAGCAACAGCGCCAGCAGCAGUGGCAGCAGCACUGGCAACAGCAGCAGUUACAACAGCAUCAAAUGCAGCAGCAGCAGCUCCAACAUCAACAACUGCAACAGCAGCAGCUUCAGCAGCAGCAACUCCAACAGCAACUGCAGCAGCAGCUACUGCAGCAGGGAGGUCGCGCCGCAGGAACGCAGCAGACGCCAGCAGCAACUGGUCUCCAAGGGCUAGGGCCUGCACAUCCGCCGGUGGGUGUCAUAGGCUCCCAGGUGCGGCAACCGCAGCAACAGCAACAGCCGCAGCAGUUGACGCCUCAGCAACAACAGCAACUGCUGCAGCAUUUGCAGCAACACCUUCAAAUGCAGCAGGCAGGGGGCGCUGGCUCCGCACGCGCACCAGGACAUAAUUCACAGCAGCAGCAGCAGCAGCAGCAACAGCAGCCUCUAUCGGCUGAGCAGUUGUCUGCUGCAUUGCGAGUGAUGCUGCCAAACCUGACGGUAUCGCAGCAGAAUCAAGUGCCGCGCCAGCAUCAGCAACAAUGGCAGCAAACAUCGAGGGGAGAUAACGCUCUGAGUGCCUUAGCAGCUGCUGCAGUUCGACAGCAGCAGCAACAACAACUUCUUCUUCUCAGGCAGCAGCAGCAACAGCAGCAGCAGGACUUGGAGCAACAGCAGCAGCAACACCUGGAGGCCCAGUUGCGUCCAUUGCUUCAGCAGCUACAGCGUGGCACAGCCGAGCCGACACUGGGUCGGGGUGCUGCUACGAUGCAGCAUCAUCAGAAGGCACUGGCGCUGUUGCGUGCUGCUGCAGCACAGCAACAUAAACAGCAAAACCAGCAACAGCAGCAACAACGGAAUAUGGUCCUACAGCAGCAAGCUAUGCAACAGCAGGAAAUACAGCGGCAGCAGCUGCGACAACAGCAGUUGCUUCAGUUACAGCAGCAGUCAGACAUGCAGCGGGAUGGCACAUUGGACGCACACCUUCAACAGCAGCAGCGCCAAGCGUCAUCGACAGCAUCAGCUGCCGCUACCUUAAUGAACUUGCCACGGGAAGCGCGUUUGUUGCUGCAGAGACUGCAGCAGGGUGAGGGAGCUCAGAAGACAGCGCAGCUGCUGCAACAGUUGCAGCAGCAGCAGCAGCUGCAACAACAGCAGCUGCAGCAGCAACAGCUGCAGCAGCAGCAGCAACUACAGCAACAGCAGCAGCUGCAGCAACAGUUGCAGCAGCAGCAGCAGUUGCAGCAGCAGCAGUUGCAACAGCAACAACAGCACCAGCAGCAACUCCAACAGCACCAGCACCAACAGCUGGAGCAUGACGAGGUACAGCAACAACAGCACUGCCGGGGACAGCGUUCCGCAGGGGUGUCGCAGCAAAGGCAUGGUCCGAGGCAGCAAACUUGGGACAGCGGAACUGAUAACGAGCAGCAGCAGCAGCAACUUACUCGACAGCAGCUGCAGCUGUUCCAGCAGGUGCAACAGCAACAGAAGCAUCACCCACAGCAGCAGCUGCAGCAACAACACGUACUGCUUCAGCAACAGGUCCAGCAGCAGCAGCAGCUGCAAGGGCAGCAGUUGUUGCAUCAGCAGCAACAACAGUGGCAGCAGUUGUUGCAUCAGCAACAGCAGCAGCAGCAACGACAGCACCAACAGGGCCGCAGGCCAGAUGUGACGAAGGAACAGUGCUGGCAGUACAUUGACCCCAAGGGGAACGUGCAGGGUCCAUUUUACAUGAAGGAAAUGUUUCUAUGGAACACAAUGGGCUACUUCGACCCCGGGCUACCGGUGCGCUGCUGCAACUCAGACAAAUUCCUACCUCUCAACAAAUUGUACCCUCCACCAACUAGGCCAUUUAUGUCGCCACCGAAACCCCAAGCAGCCGCCGCUGCCGCUGCUGGCUUUGGAGGCAGCAGUGGAGGCCCCUCUUCAACAUCGAACACUCCCACUGCAGGGGUGCAUUCUUCAGCACCGCAUGCAACCAGCACUGAAGAUGGAAACGGAGGCGGCGGCACUGCAGGCACUAGCAGUCUUCCGAUGGGGGACCAAAAUGCUGCUGCGGCUGCUUCAGGAGGCAGUACACCCCAAGGUGGUAACGAUGGACGCACCUAA